GCGCCACUGACCUACAAAAAUAAAAAUUUAUAAAUAAACAAUAAACAACAAAUAUCUUUGUAACAUAAUUUAGUAGUUGUCAGUGAUUCAUUUAUCAAUUAAUUACUUAAUUUAUAAUUAUUACGUUGUUGACAAAUUCCUGGUCUUCUAACAACGACUUUAUCAGUUUUAAUAUGUAGAAAGUCCGUUAUUUAAGAUAAUCUAAGUCCGUGUCAUAAUAGUUUUGCAAAUUUUAAAUACCCACAUAACAAAGAAAUCUUUUCUGUUAAGAAUUUAUAUUAAUUAAACCAUUCUAAUACCGAUGAGAUUUAUUAGUUGUUAAUUGAAAGAAUGGAAGAGAGUAUUAAUUCAGCCUAUUCACAAGAAAUUAAUGAAAAUGGGGAAAUUAUCAGACCAAGAAGAUUUAGGAAUGUUCCUUCAGAAAGUAACAUGGACGAUCCUUUUCACGAUAGAGAUGCCAUUAUAACACAAAUAGGCAGCAGUGAUGACUUAAAUUUGCUACAAUCGGUUAGGAGGAGAGUGGAAAUGAAAAAAGAUAAAGUCCAAGUUGGAUCGCUCAACGUAUUGUCUGCCAAAUUUGAGAGUUUAGAUUAUGAAAACUGUGAAAAUUACCUGUUGUUGGACGAAGAGAGGAAAAAGGGCUUUAAAUUUCUAGUGAGAAAAAAUAUAGCAAGAUGGUUUGUGUUUUUACUUAUUGGCAUGUGUACAGCUUUAGUAGCUUGCAUUAUAAAUAUUUCCAUAGAGGAACUUAGUGAAAUUAAAUAUGCCAAAUUAAGUUCAUAUGUUGACGAAUAUGUGACGCAAGGCUCUUUAUACAUUCCUUAUUUCUACUGGGUUUUAUUCAAUGUAGUCCCAGUAGGUAUCGGUUCGUUUCUAGUAGCCUAUCUGGAACCGAUUGCAGCCGGCAGUGGAAUUCCUCAAGUAAAAUGUUACCUAAACGGCAUUAAUAUACCCCGAGUAGUCAGAAUAAAGACACUUUUCGUAAAAAGUGUCGGUGUUAUUUGUUCAGUUGUAGGCGGACUGGCAGGUGGAAAAGAAGGCCCGAUGAUACACAGUGGAGCCGUUAUAGCGGCGGGAAUUUCGCAGGGAAAGAGCACGACGUUUGGCAAAGAUUUUGGUGUUUUCAAGUAUUUUCGCGAGGAUCAUGAAAAAAGGGAUUUUGUUUCGGGCGGUGCGGCUGCUGGAGUUGCUGCUGCUUUUGGAGCACCAGUUGGUGGAGUAUUAUUUUCCCUUGAAGAAGGCACGAGUUUUUGGAAUCAAAGCCUCACUUGGAAGACAUUUUUUGCCUCAAUUGUAUCCACGUUUACACUCAACUUGGUUCUGUCAGCGUAUCACGGAGCGCCUGGAAACCUGACAUAUCCCGGCUUAUUUAAUUUGGGCGAAUUUGAAUCGUUUACUUAUAAAAUAUACGAGAUUCCUUUGUUUAUUAUUAUGGGAGCAAUUGGGGGGCUGUUGGGUGCGUUUUGGAAUCAUAUCAAUUAUAAAAUUACAGUUUUUAGGAUGAGAUAUGUUCGUCCAAGGUGGUUGAAAGUGAUUGAAGCAUGUUUAGUAGCAGCAGUGUCAGCUACUGCGGGAUUUUUGUUGAUGUAUCUCAUCAAUGAUUGUAGACCAAGAGGGCAAGAUCCUACCAAGUUUCCUACACAGCUUUACUGUACGGAUGGUCAAUACAACGUCCUAGCCUCCAUCUGGUUCCAAACGCCCGAAGCGUCCGUAAGAUCCUUCUUCCACGAUCCUCCGAACACCCACAAUCCAGGAUCUUUGGCUGCCUUCGUAGCGGUGUAUUUCUUCCUAGCCUGCUGGACCUUCGGAUUGGCUUCUUCAAACGGUUUAUUUAUUCCCACUUUACUUACUGGAGCCGCUUGGGGCAGGCUGAUUUCUAUAGGGGUGUUUUAUAUUUUCCCUGAUGCAGAUAUAGUGCAUCCAGGUAAAUAUGCUUUGGUUGGAGCCGCAGCUCAAUUAGGAGGCGUUGUCAGGAUGACUAUUAGUUUAACAGUUAUUUUAAUGGAGUGCACUGGCAAUAUUACGUUUGCCUUGCCGCUUAUUAUUGUUGUUAUAACUGCCAAAUGGACUGGAGACUUUUUCAAUGAGGGCAUAUAUGAUACGCUUAUACAAUUAGCAGGGGUACCUUUACUGCCGUGGGAACCACCACCAGUAGUCAAUAAUAUGUAUGCCAGUGAAGUAAUGUCGCAUCCUGUGGUUACACUUAAAUGUGUUGAAAAUGUUGGUCAUAUUGUCGAGUUGCUUAAGUUGACUACUUAUAAUGGGUUUCCUGUUGUUGAUCCACCUUUAACGGAUCAAAACGAGGUUACUACUUAUGGAAGAAUAAGAGGCCUAAUAUUGAGGUCUCAGCUUAUUGUGAUAUUACAAAAAAAAAUAUUUAAUGAAACUCAUGACUAUUGGGAUGAUAUCGGGCCUAGUCUUUUUAGGGACCAGUAUCCUAGGUAUCCAACAAUAAAUGAAAUAUCAAUCGAAGAUAGUGAAAAGCCUUAUUCAAUUGACUUAAGGCCUUUUAUGAAUCCUUCGCCUUAUACGGUGCUUCAUUCCACAUCAUUGCCAAGAGUUUUUAGAUUAUUUAGAGGUCUUGGUUUGAGGCAUCUGCCUAUAGUUAAUGAUACAAAUGAGGUUAUAGGUAUGGUAACAAGAAAAGAUCUGGCCAGAUACAGAGUUUGGAAACACCAAGGACAAAUGGGCGUAGAGGAAUUGUUGAUAUCAAAAGAUCUAUAAGUUGAAUUUUAAUUUAAGGAUUAAUGAAUUACCAGUAUUUUUCUACUAAAGAUUAAUGUAUAUUAAUUUUCAUAUUUAUGACACAGCAAUAAUUUUAACGUAUAUGAUUUUUCUUUAUAAUUGUUAUAGUUUUUAUAUAGGCAAAUUUUAAAUAAAUGUUUUCUAUUAA